AUGCCUUUCGUUCUUGAAUACACCACCAUCGGUAUACUUCAAAGUCCAUCUAUUACUGCAAUCGAACAAAGUUCCUUAAUGGAAAUCGGGAUCAUCGGGGCAGGGGUCAUUGGGCUCACCACCGCUUUGGUUUUGUCCGAGGCAGGACACAAGGUAACGAUUCUUGCGCGGGCAGGAGCCGGCAUUCUCCCUCAUCCCGACGGCAAGGGGCAUGAUCUGCAAACCGAGACAUUCAUCUACUUCUGGGCACUUGCGCAUCGUGAUUCCACGAGCGGUGUGCAAGUCGUGAACGUAACCGAGUACUAUGAUGACCGACCGGAUGACUCGACUAUCUGGUACAAAACCCUUGUCCCGAAUUGCCGCCAACUGCACGCUUCCGAGCUCCGGGCAAUUGCAAAAAUCGGGUUCAAAUAUCAAUCCAUGACAGCGAACCUCAAGUAUCUUCUCCCGUGGAUCACAAAACGGCUCGAGAAGAGGCAAGUCCGGUUUAUUCGAAAGGAAGUGUCAUCGAUUCCCGAGGCACGGUCAAUUCUCAAAUCUGAACUCAUCGUCAACGCUACCGCUCUCGGUGCCCUUCAUGUCGCUAAUGAUCAGAACGUUCACCCUGUCCGUGGGCAGAUCAUGCACGUACGAAGUGAUGCGCAGGACAUGGUCCUAUUCCAAAGGUGCAUUACACUUAUUAGAUUCCACGUAUGUAUACAGGUGGAGUGA